ACCCCAUAGUUCUCCUGGCCCAAGACAACCUCCCCAUUCCUUUCCUCCAAUUCUGCUCCUUCAGUAGCAGCUUUGGGCAAGCCCCGCCCCUGGGGGAGCCCUCCUCUCACUAACGGUAGUUCAUUCAUAAAGCUUCCGCUCCCGAGGCUCCUGCGCGCCAGGUGCCAGGGUGACAAAGAGGCACACGCCAGUCUGGUCUAGGGGCUCCCAGAGAGAGCAGUUCCACAGCAGAGCUGGGUGCCGAGGGAGGGACGCUGGAUGCCCCACCAUGGGCUUAGACCUGAGCUGUUCCGGGCCCAGCAGGUGGGAGAUAGUGGGCGGAGGAAGCUGGGAAGAGCGCGGGCGGGGCCGAGAUUGGGUUCUUAAUACCGGAGUAAAAUGUGAGAGUAGUCGCGGUUCACAGCCUGUUGCUUUCAGAGUUUCGCUCCGGGUGUCUGUUUGUCUUUGCUUCGGAAAUCAAAGGAGUACAGAGAAUUUGGGGUUCCAGGUGUUGUUCGGUUGCUUGGUGGCUUUUCUGGUCUCGCUUGUCUUCCUGCAAAGUGGCGCUGCCCCGCUAGGAAUCUCUUCCAGGUGAGAGUGUGAAGGGUCGGUCGCCCUGCCUGGAGUUCCCAGAGGCCUGAGAGCAGAACCCUGUGUGUCUCCGUUUUUGCCUUUUUUCCCAGUGUUCGGAAGUCAAGUGGAGUGGCCAUGUUAUGCUGUGCCCCUGUUCAAUUUGUGAAGAUCUCAAGAACAAAGACAGUGACUUUGGUGCCAAAGCUUCAAGAUUGUGGCUUGCUGGGGCUAUAUCCUCCAAGAGGACCUGUCCCCCAAAGAUUUCCUGCCUUCACUGCCACCUCUUAGGGGAACCUACAUGGAGUGAUGCUCAUGGGAAGAGCCAUCUUUCUUUCUGCCCCCAUGUGGCCGUCUUCUGCCGCUGACCCCCAUCAAAUCCCAUCAUGCCCACAGCCCUGUGCCCACGAGUCUUGGCUCCAAAAGAAAGUGAGGAGCCCAGGAAAAUGCGGAGUCCUCCUGGAGAGAACCCCAGCCCUCAGGGUGAGCCUCCCAGCCCAGAGUCCUCUCGCCGCCUCUUCCGCCGGUUCCGCUACCAGGAGGCAGCAGGCCCACGGGAGGCCCUUGAGCGCCUCUGGGAGCUGUGCCGGGGCUGGCUGCGGCUCGAAAGGCACACGAAGGAGCAGAUCCUGGAGCUACUGGUGCUGGAGCAGUUCCUGGCCAUCCUGCCAUGGGAGAUCCAGAGUUGGGUGCGUGCCCAGGAGCCGGAGAGUGGAGAGCAGGCUGUGGCUGCAGUAGAGGCUCUGGAACGGGAGCCAGGGAGACCCUGGCAGUGGCUCAAGCACUGUGAAGACCCAGUCGUCAUUGACGAUGGCGAUGUGCCUGGGCCUCAGGACCUCGAGCAAGAGCGCGUGUCUGCCGAGUCCCAGAGCAACCCUGACGCCCAACCUGUGGCCCUAGCACAGGGCCUAGGGCUCCUCAGCAGACCACCAGGCCAGCCCACUGAGGACCCAGUUCCGCAAGAUGGUUUCCUUGUUCAGGAGCAGAGUGUCAGGGACGCCCAGCCGGUGACCACCUGCCAGCUGCCCCCGAACCGAGUUUCUCCAUUUAAGGAUAUGAUCUUAUGCUUCUCAGAAGAGGACUGGUCCCUUCUGGACCCAGCGCAGACUGGUUUCUAUGGAGAAUUCAUCAUUGGGGAAGACUACGGGGUCUCCAUGCCUCCAAACGACCCUGCAGCUCAGCCAGACCUCUCACCUGAAGAGAACGGGCCACGGGUUAUAGAGAUGCCAGCCCUCCAGGGUAAAGACGCAGCCCAGGUCUCCUGCCUAGACCUUCCCAGUCUCCAGCCAUUCCAAGAAGAAGGAAGGAAAUGGGAGGAACUGCAGGUGCCAGAGCUCCAGUCCUGCCAGCAGGUGGCACUCACUCAGAGUCCUUGUCCAGGAGGUGAUCCACCACCCCUAAAGAAUAGCCUGGACCAGGAGGUGACCAUUGAGAUCGUGCUAUCCAGUUCUGGGGAUGAGGACUCCCAACACAGCCCAUACUGCACAGAGGAGCUGAGAAGCCCUGCAGAAAAGCCCCAUAGUCUCUCCACCCAUCGCAACAGCACGGAGGCUGGGGGCGAGGUGCAAACCUCACAAAAGUCUUAUGUGUGUCCGAACUGUGGGAAGAUCUUCCGCUGGAGGGUCAACUUUAUCCGCCACCUGCGCAGCCGCAGGGAGCAGAAGCCACACAAAUGCUCAGUGUGUGGAGAGUUAUUCAGUGACAGCGAGGACCUGGAUGGACACCUGGAGACCCAUGAGGCCCAGAAGCCCUACAGGUGCACUGUCUGCGGAAAGAGCUUCCGCCUCAACUCACACCUGCUCUCCCACCGGCGGAUCCACUUGCAGCCAGACAAGCAGCCGCCAGUGAAGAAGAGCGAGGAGGAUGCCUCGGAAACGGAGGGCACAGGUACCCAAGCCCUGCUCGAGAAGAGCAAAGCUAAGCUGGGCUUCCAGUGUGGGAACUGCGGGAAGGGCUUCCAGCGGCACGACCAUCUGGUGAGACACCGCAGCCACUGUCACCUGAAGAGUGAGGCUCGUCCCCUCCAGUGUCGGUACUGUGUCAAAACCUUCCGGCAGAAUUACGAUCUCCUCCGCCAUGAGCGCCUGCACAUGAAGCGCCGCUCCAAGCAGGCUCUGAACUCAUACUGAGCAGGACGAGACCCUACAAACUCGUCCCUGCCCUAGCACAAAGCCCGAACCACCUGCCCUUUGCUCUCAGGUAGUGUCCGACUUCUGGUGCCAUGCCUCUUCCUCCCCAGAUAAAAAGUAGCCACCUGAGCACUCCUUCUACUGUGCCAAAACCCAGGGAGGUGAGGCAGCUCUGCAUCUUAGAGACCUUUAGUCACAUGCUCCAGCCCUCAGAGGGACUGGGCUGCCCCAUCCCAUGCCUUCUAGGGGUGAGGUAUGUGCAGUGGGGAGCUGGCCUAAAGCCCUGACCCUGGUCCUGUACUAAGAAGUCAGUUCGAGAUCAUUGAGUCUAGGAGAGUGUCCCACAGAUGGCCAGGAGGGCCUUUGGGGUGUGUACACCUGUCCCAACAUGUCUUCAUUGUGCCCCAAAGAUCCUUCAUAAAUCUGUGAUGGAAACUGCCUGACACCACCCUGAGUCCUGCAUUCUGCCAGCCCAUCAAAGCUCUGCUGGUCGAGCCAAACCCUGGGACAGAAGCUUCCGUGAAGCCGUGUCCUUCAAGGGUACUCAGUCCAAGGCAGCCUGUUGAGUUCCCUGGCACUGUUGUAACUGUACUAAACCUGAGCUCUUCUAACACCAGCAGGGGGCAUUGUCCCAGCUGUGAGGCUGCAAAGGCUGAGGUCUGGUGUCAGCAGGCUUGGUUCUCUCUGAGGCUAGAAGAGGGGAUGAAUCAUCCUGGGGCUGUCGUCACUAGCCCUGUCUAGCCCUGGGCUACAUAGUGCACAGAGGAGCUGAGGAGCCCUGCACAAAUGUCUUUGCCUUCGUCUCCAUUGUGUCUGUCGGUCUCCAAACUUAGCCUUUUGUAAAGGAUCUCAGUUUUUGGGUUGGGGCACUAACCCUGUCUGUUACAGCUGAACCCCAUCUACAUCUGGAGUGGCCGUUUCCAAAUAAAGUCACAUCUUGAGGUGCUAGGAAUAAGGACUUCAACCCUGGAGUUUGAGUGGACAUAGCCAAACCCCAGAUGAUCUUAUGGUGCUGUUACUCCUGCCUCAGAUGAACCAAUUUGGACUUGGGGUAGCUUGCUUGCCAUCCCUUUGAAUGCCGGGCUCAAUCCGAUGUCUGCUCUCAGAGCUGCUGUCAUCUGCAAGGAGGAAUCCUCAUCCAUGGCCUUUAAGUUCAGAGCCUGGGAUUCUGGGGGUGGUUAUUGGUAGGAAACUUCAAGCAAUCAAAAAUGUGGUCUUACUGUCCUGGUCCACUGGUGUUGACCUCAGUGUGGCUAUGACUGGACCCGAGAGCUGCAGCCAGGCUGGUUCUGUAGGCUGUACCAGCUCUCAGCUGUCAGGAAGCCUGAGAAAAUGAAUUCACGGCCUCUGGUGCUCUAUGUCCUGAUUUUCACAUCGAGAAGCCUCUAUUCAGAUGCAAUUAAAGAAUUCUGAGACUUUCUUUUUCUGCUCAGUGCAUUGCCCAGAAAUAGUAAAUGCAAUAAAACCACCACACCUUGAACAAGAAAUAAACUGUCCUAGUUUCUAAAUA